AUAUUCGUGUGACUUGCUCAAAGCUGAGAAAGGUCAUAUGCUUUUCUCCAGCUUCCUCUUCUCUCUCUCUCCUCGUUCAAUUUUUUUCUGCAAACCCUAACUUUCUCAUUCGGCGCUCAAGUUUCUUAGGUACACGACCUCUUCGAGAGAUCUGGUGCGAUGAUGUUGCGUGCUGUUAUUAGGAGAGCUUCCACUAGAGGCUCUUCUGUUUCGGGAUUGGGAAAAUCGCUACAAUCUACUCGUGUUGCAGCUUCUGCUCAAAGUUUUCAUUCUGUUUCAGCUACACAGACGUUGGUGCCUCGUGGAAACCAUGCUAGUAGCUUUCAUCACCGUUCUUGUCCAGGGUGUUCAGAGUGCUCAAGGACUAUUUUCAGCGGGUACCAAGGCACAGCCCUGCAAAGAUGGGUCAGGCCCUUCUCAUCUGAUAGUGGGGAUGUCGUGGAAGCUGUUGUGCCUCACAUGGGUGAAUCAAUCACCGAUGGAACCCUAGCCACUUUUCUGAAGAAGCCUGGUGAUAGAGUAGAAGCGGACGAGGCUAUUGCACAAAUUGAAACUGACAAGGUUACAAUAGAUAUUGCUAGCCCAGCAAGUGGUGUUAUCCAAGAGUUUCUAGUCAAGGAAGGAGAUACUGUAGAACCGGGAAACAAAGUUGCUAUAAUUUCUACGUCUGCGGAUGCUGAGUCUCAUGUUGCACCCUCAGAAAAGACACCAGAGAAACCUGCUCCCAAGCCUUCUACUCCUGCUGAGAAGCCCAAAGUUGAAACUACUAAAGUUGCUGAGAAACCUAAGGCACCAUCACCGCCACCCCCACCGAAACAGUCAGCCAAAGAACCGCAGCUUCCUCCUAAGGAUAGGGAAAGACGGGUUCCUAUGACAAGACUUCGCAAACGAGUAGCAACUAGGUUGAAAGACUCUCAAAACACUUUCGCUUUGCUGACAACUUUCAAUGAAGUUGAUAUGACUAAUCUGAUGAAGCUCCGAUCUCAAUACAAGGAUGCAUUUUUUGAAAAGCAUGGAGUGAAGUUGGGUCUUAUGUCUGGUUUCAUUAAAGCUGCUGUCAGUGCCCUCCAGCAUCAACCAGUAGUAAAUGCAGUUAUCGACGGAGAUGAUAUCAUUUACAGAGACUAUGUGGAUAUCAGUAUCGCUGUUGGUACCUCUAAGGGUCUCGUGGUUCCAGUCAUAAGAGGUGCUGACAAAAUGAACUUUGCUGACAUAGAGAAAACGAUAAACGGUCUUGCUAAGAAGGCUAAUGAAGGAACCAUAUCAAUUGACGAGAUGGCAGGAGGAUCGUUCACAGUAUCAAAUGGUGGUGUCUAUGGAAGUCUCAUAAGCACUCCUAUCAUCAACCCUCCUCAGUCUGCUAUUCUUGGAAUGCAUUCGAUUGUGCAACGUCCAAUGGUUGUGGGAGGAAACGUAGUACCGAGGCCAAUGAUGUAUGUCGCGCUGACUUACGAUCACAGGCUAAUUGAUGGAAGAGAGGCUGUGUAUUUCUUGCGCCGUAUCAAGGAUGUUGUGGAAGAUCCCCAGAGGCUUCUCCUCGACAUAUGAGAAAGAUCGGAGACAAAAAGUAAUCAUAAGUUGCUGUCUAUUUACCAGUUUCCUUUCAGGUAAAACGUUACAGAUAUUGCAAUCUUCAAACGAUGCUUUGACAAAAAAAAAAUACGAAACCUUUUUGGGAGUUUCUUUAUAGUUCCAAGAGUUUUUGCCGGGCGAGGAAAGCAUCGGUUUAUUGAGUUUUAUUUUAUUAAAAAAAUAUUCACACAGUUUGAACAAAAUGUUACAAUUUUGACUUCAAAAAAUAAUGCCACUGAUAUUUGUUGGGUAAAAAUGAUUUUCAUUUACGUGA